CACGCACAGAGAAUUAACCCACCAGAGAGAGAGAGAGAGAGAGAGAUGGGGAAUUGCCAAGCGGCGGAGGCGACGACGGUGGUGAUCCAACACCCGGGGGGAAGGGUGGAGAGGGCGUACUGGUCCUUGAGCGCGAGCCAAGUCAUGGCUUCCAACCCCGGCCACUACGUCGCCGCGGUUAUCGUGGUCACCGCUCCUCCCUACGCCACCUCCGCCACCGCCCGCGGCGGCGACGCUCCCCUGAAGCACCUUAAGCUGCUUCGCCCCGACGAUACUCUCCACAUCGGCCGCGUCUACCGCCUCGUCAGCUUCGAAGAGGUGGUGAGGGAGUUCGCGUCGAAGAAGCACGUGAAGUUGGGCCGUCUGCUUGUCAAACAGAAAGAAAAGCACCGGCCCAGAUGCGAAAGAGGCGGCGACGGGGGCGCCUCCAUUGCCAUCGCUGCCUCGGGCCAGCCAGGUAGUGGUCGUGGUGGUGACGGUGGCAUUGAACUCGAGUCGGAGACUCCACCGGCGACGGAACAGGAAGCGGAGGCACUUGUGGACGCCGAGUUGCAGGAUGCGGCUGUCGGGAGCACCAAAGCAAAGAUAGCACGCCAUGGGCAGUGGAAGCCAACCUUGCAGAGCAUUGCCGAGGUCGCAAUUAGCUGAAGUACUCAUCCUCGCACAUCAAUCCUAGCUCUUAAGUCCGAGUAAGUAUAUACACAAAUAGUUUCUGUUUUCGAUUGAUGAUGAUGAUCAUCGCGAGGUAUUGGGUGUGGAAGAAGAACAUGUGAUCUAUUUUCCUGUAUUGUCCGCAAACCAAAAAAAAAAAAAGCAAGUCAAGUGGCGUUGGCAUUAAAUGAUAUGACAGAAUAGGUUCAUCAGAGUUUGGCCAGCAGAGAAGGAUGGGUGAGGGAUGUCUCCGUCACUGCAGCAGCACCUUUAUGCUUGUCAUUUUCCUGGAGGGGAGAUCAUUAGAGCUGGAAUGGGAGGUGGAAAGGUCGUGGUCCAUCUCCCCUGGUUGAAGUGAAAGGGAAAGAGCUCAUGGCCUGCUCCGAAAAGGAAGAGGCAUUUAACUCGAACACCUGACAAUGAGAUAGAUGCCUUGAUUUUGAC